AUGGAGUACGACACCACUAUUCGGCAAUAUUUGAAUGACGGACACGCUGAGAAAGUUGAUAUCAAAGCAAACGCCGACGGACCAGUCUUCUACUUGCCUCAUCGAGAUGUAUUUAGACCUGACAAAGCAAGUACUAAAGUGCGCAUCGUGUUUGACGCUUCGUCCAGUGCUUCGGACUGCCCUUCGUUGAAUGACUGCCUGGAAGUUGGACCAAACCUGAAUCCCGAUCUCCUGGCGACAAUUCUAAGAUUCCGUAAGCACAGCGUUGCCGUUACAGCUGACAUUGAGAAAGCAUUCUUGCAAAUUUCUCUUAAUCCGAACGACAGAGACGCUUUCAGAUUCAUGUGGUACACUUUUAUGCCGGAGAGCGGAAGACCACUGUCCGAGAUUGAGGUGUGGAGAAUGACGAGGGUGCCCUUUGGUGCCGCCUCCAGCCCGUUCCUUCUUGCAGCAACACUUCGCUCGUUAUCAUUUCAACUUAAUGUCUAG